CCUCAUUUUUCAUCUCCUCACAUUGUAUCUCUCUCCAUUUCUUGAUUCCAUUCUCCUUCACAACACCACCAUGGCUGCCACUGGAAAGCUUGAGGUUGAAGUCCACGUGAAGUCUCAUGCUGACAAGUUCUGGGCUACCAUUAAAGACUCUGCAACUAUCUUCCCCAAGGCCUUCCCUCAGGACUAUAAGAGCAUUGAAAUCCUUGAGGGUGAUGGCAAGUCUGUUGGUUCUGUCCGCCAUACCACCUACGGUGACGGAAAGAUCAUGCCUGUCUAUGUAUUAUCUUGCAGGAUCUCCAAUUGUGAAGACAUCAAAAGAGAGGAUUGAUACUCUGGAUGAUGCAAAGAAGACGCUGUCCUAUACUGUGAUUGAAGGAGACUUGCUGAUGUACUUCAAGCUUUUCAAGGCACACAUGAGUUUAGAGCCCAAGGGAGAUGGGACCCUAGUGAAGUGGUGGUGUGAGUAUGAGAAGGCAAGCCAUGAGGUUCCUGAUCCAGACGUGAUCAAAGAGUUUGCACUCAAGAACUUCCAUGAGGUGGAUGCCUAUAUUCAAAAGGCAUAAAGAGGUCAGAUAUCUUUGGACGACUGGUAAACUAACGGAUUCAUAAAUAAUGUGGCUGUACCGUUUCCCAUUUGAUGAUAUAUAUGCUGGGUUUGGUUCUCUGGACGUCGUUUUUUUCCAUUCAUGUUUAUUGUAUUAAUGAGUCUAUUGUCCUACUUUAUUUGGUCAGUUUAUCCCAUUAAUGAUUGAGUUUGAGAAUUUAA